AGAAAAAAAGAUUCUAAGUGAUAAGUGAAGUUAGUGAGGCUGGUCCAAUCUUUAAUUGGUAAAUCUAGCAACUGCAUAUAGAUUGCUUCUUAUUUAAGAGCUCGUCAAUAAGUAAAGUAUUAAUUUCCUAAAAGGAUUUACACAGAUAAAAUUAAAACGGUUUUAUUUUCUUCAAAGCAUUAGACUAUUGGAAAAAAUGAAGGAAUCUAGGAAUGCUGUUGCUUCAGCUCAUUGAGUCACUGACACUUUCACAUUCCUAAAAUAGGUAGUGUAAAAUUUUAUUGUUCUGGGCCAGCCUGGGCAAAAUUCUUUAUGAAAUAGACUGUGAACAAUGUGGAGUAAUAAUCUCAUUCUUUAAGGGAUUUUUGAGUAGAGUUCAGAGCUUCUCUGUAGCAUCUUUGGAAAAUUGCCGCUAUGUCAUUUUAACACCAAGAAUGGAACUAAAGGAGGGAGUUAAGGCAAGAAUGGUUAGCAUUCUCUGAACCCCCGUUUUAGAUUUUUGGCUUUAGGAAACAAGGCUAGAAUAUUAAAAUUACCGUCUGAGUUGGAUGUAGAAAUUGAUUUAAAUCCUUCAGUAGCCAUGUAAUCUAGCACAUUGUCAUGUCUCACAAGCAUAUAAACUAGGAUUUCUAUUUAUAGCCAUGUAUUAGUUUUUAAAGAUGCUUAUUUGUAGAAAUUAGUUUAUGUUUAGUAAAAGUAUCAGCUAAUUUUUCCUGCAACAGGCUUGUCAUUAAAAACAAUGUAGUGUUUUCAAGGACCUUGAGCCCUCCUCCCUUUUUUACAUUUGGAUUUUUUUUAUUGUGGUAAAACAACACAUAACAUAAACCUUACCAUCUUAACCAUUUUUAAGUGUACAAUUCAGUAGUGUUGAGUAUUUCACAUUGUUGUGAAACGGAUCUCCAGAACUUUUUUGUCUUGUAAGUCUGAACUUGAGCCCCUUUUAUGGUGUGAAUCAGCAUCAAUAUGUGGUAGAGAAACUCUUAAAAAUCAGGCUUUCCCUGAGUCACAGCGCUACAUAUUUAUUCACUGUAGUGUUUGUUAUAAAACAAAUAUCUUUUAGUUAAACCCAAAGGAAAAAGUAUCAUUGCCAUGGUAAGAAUGAUGAGAGAGUACAGGUAUUUGGAAGGACCAGUGGUGCCUUUGCUGGGCUCUUAGUGGGCACAUUUUCUAGCUUGGCAUUGAUUGUUUCCUUCCUUCUGCCCAUUGACCCAGUUGUCUUCUGUAUAAGAAGGUUUUCCCAAAUAAAUACCUAUGCAGAGCUCUAUAGGUUUCUGUGUAUAUCUUGUCAUUCUCCCUGCUUUGGAGCAAGCUCUGGCCAUUCUGCCUCCUAAAGAAUGUUGACUUUUCUCAGAAAAACCUAGAUUCUAUAGUUUAAAGCAUAAAACUUUUAUCAUUGCAUCAUUCAACAUUAAUUCUUUACUCCUCAUAAUGCUGCAUUUUUUAGUUUCAAUUGCUCACAUCUCACCUCCAAAUGUGGUGCAGAAAUGCUUGGGAAAUAACUUGAUACAAAUAUCUGCAUUAGUGACUGUAUACCUGUGCUUCUAUCAUGUGUCCAGUGUUUAAGAAUUAGAUUUCCCAAAACCAAAGUUUAAUUUAUUUUGUUCCUCCUACCCUGGUAUCAUGGUUCUUUGUGUCUCCUCCAUUUGAUUGCUUUUCCCAAUUUCUAUUUUUAGAAGUAAGUUCCUCAAGUCAGUUCACCAAACAGACUAACAAUAGAGACUCAUGCCAUUGUUGAUUAAUAGAUUAAAAUGAGUGUAGGAAGUAGCUGAGUGGUUUAUACACACCUUAUUAUUUCAUGCAAAUGAAAGCUUGUAGUUAAACCCCAACUUGAGCAUUUCAUAGAUCUUUUGUUUUUCCCUCAGACUAUGAUUUAUGAGUUAGAAUUUCAAGAAAAUAGAAUUAGAAUUGAAAGCAAAACAAAUCAGUUUUAGUUUUUAAAGCACCUGGUAUGAACUGAAUAACAUGUAAAUCCUCCAGAAUCCUGCUUUCAUUCUUCUGCUCCAUAAUCUAAAGACAGGACAAUUCUUACUGAAUAGGAUAAAGCCGACCCCACUUUCAACAUUGUUCCUGGGGUCCCUGCCCAGCUGGAUGGUUCUCUUGAUGGUGCUCGCCUAUUUCCUAGGACCUUGACUAUUUCCCCUUUCUGCCCUGCCUCCUUAGUUUUGAGGAUCCAUUUUUAGAUAAAUUUUCUUAGCUAAAAUGAAAAGAAUCAUAAUGAAGGAAGGUUUAAUUUUAUAUUCUUAAGAAAAGAGGAAAAAUAUUGAAACUGUUACAAGUGCAAUUUAACAAGAUUUCUAAGACUCACUCAUUUCAGGCCAUAUUCAAGACUACAGAAUUUCAGCAUAAGGAAAUAAUUAACUUGGAGUUUAUUUUUAUAGGAUUUUGGAUCUGUGAUAAAGGUCAGUUUUCAUGUUUGUACCCACUUAAUAACAUGAAUUGUGCUUAUGUAUUUAUAGACAUAUGUUUAGGUAAAAGGAAAUUUUAGAUCCAUUCUAACUCUAAAUCUUUUUCACCAAAUGGCCUUAUGUUUUCUAGUUUGGAGCUUAUUUAAAGUGUAAUUUUCUCUUGUGUACAUCAGGAGAGAAAGGUGGGAGAGAAUAUUGGAUACAAAGUGUAAUAGGGUGGGGAAAGACUAUUAUGUCAUCGGUAUCUCUUGUGGACUAUGAUGAUGAUGUUAUCUGUGUACUUGUAUCUAUUGUUCUCAUCUAUGCCUUUGUUUUUUUAGAUAUGCUUUUUAUACGCAUCAAAUUAUAUACUUAAAUUGUGUGGAUCUUUACAAGUAUUUAUAUAAAUAGCAAUAUUGAACAACAUUUACUUGAGUGCUGGACAAGUUUUUUUUUUAUUGUUAGGGAUGCCUCUACUCUGGAGGAGAGGACUUACCAUUGAGACCUUGGUAAUCCAUUUCAGAAUGUGCAAGCUCAGGAGAGGAUUCUGGAGUUUUUAAAGGAGUGAAUAGAGCCAUUAGUUAAUUGUUUCCUCUUUGAUGUUCCUUUAAUAAAACUUCUAAUGCAUGCUGUGGAUAAUUACUUGAUGGCUUGUGUAUCUGUUACUGCCUGGUGGCAUGAGCCUUGUAGAGGCCCUUGCAUGACUGGUGUGUGCUAGAUACAGUAUAAACUUGCCUUAGUCUCACUAUUAUCCACUGGUAUACUGGAUAUUCUGCUCAAUAGAAUUAGGUUAAGGUAAGCUAAAUAACCAGUUAUACUACAUUGUGUUGUCAAUAGCUGCCAUGCAUGUGUCGCAAAUUAAAAAAAUAAAAGCCUCUUGCUUUAACAAAGAUGUAAUCAUUCUAAAAAAUAAAAACAAAACAAAACCCAAACCCUUAUCCAUUAACUAAGUGAAUAUAAAACAUGUUAUACAUUCUAAGUUUUCUAUUAAAAUCUCAUCAACAUUGUGUUCCAAAGUGUUUGCCUAGGAAUGGGAACUCUCCAAAGUGAACUUUUCCAAGGGCACAUCUUCAGCCGCUGACUGUAGAACCCUUAAAAAGCAGGCAUUCCUUUUGAUUUUAUACUGUGUUUGACCAUCAAUAUGUACAGCAAAUAAAAAUGUAUUCCAUUUGUGCCUCUAAAAUAGACUCUGUUUCCCUAAACAGAAGAAUAGAUUGGGAUGAUUUAGGCAUAACCAUUGCUGUUAUUAAAAGGUUCAGGAGAUGGAAGUGUAGAUGUGAAAAAUGUCGUACCUUUCUCAGUGGAAACAAAGCUAUAGAUAUGGCAAAUUAUGAAAUUCUAAUGGUAAUAAAUACUUAGUUUACUCUGGUAAGAAUUAGAGCUUCACCUGGGCAUUCAAAUGAAAUCAGGAAGAAUUUUUGAGACUCUUUUCAGAUAUUGCAGAGAAGGUCAUUUUAAUACUCAAGACUACGAGAGUAGCUUAUAGUUUGAGGUAAAAAAAGGGACAUGGUGUUAUUAGUUUUUAUGCUAUUUGGUGGUAGACUGUUGAAGCCUUUAGCUUCUAUAGUAAUAGAUGUUCUUUAAAUGCAAACUCAUCUUUCCUGAGAAAUGGACCUUUACACAUCCUUGGCAGCAGAACCACUUUGUUAACUAAUUGUACAGUAGUCCCUUCUGGAGGUAGGUAAAGGGUUAAUAGAAUACUUUUCCUCAGAAAAACAGAGGCCCCCCAGGAAACUAAUACCCACCUGGAAGUCUGGGCCUGAGUCAACAUGCUAUGUUGGUUGGGACUUCCUCUGCAAGUUCCUGAUGUUGAUCUUUUUGUUGUUGUUGUUUGUUUUCCUUUGUUUUCUUUUUUGGUCUCUUAGUUGUUCCUCUUCUUUCCCCCCAAGUUUUCCUUCAUUGAAAAACUCUUUACUUCCACAAGUCUCGCCAUUGUUUUUGUUCAGUUAUGCACAAGGAUAUUCAUUGUUCAUGAUGGGAGUCCUUCUAAAAGCCUCUCUGACUUCACUUUGAGAACUGUGCUGGUGAAACUGAGCUAUUGAGGAGUUUUUUCCCCUGACAAUAAAAAUGUUUGCUCUCAAGCCUAUAAGUUGGAAGCAGUGGCUCCUGCUGGGCUGGAAUCCUUGGAAUCAGGAUGUCAUUGGGCUGAUGGUAGGUGGGCUGUGUCACAGGGCUGAUGGCUUGUAUACCUACAGGAGGAGUUCUCUGGCCACACCGUUGGUACAGCAGCUCCUUCCAGGCUCAUUCAUGGAACAGGCAUGGCGGCAGUCUUGGAGAAGAGUGCCAGCCCCGGUCAGAGAAAAUGUCAAAGAAAUUUUUGGACAGACUAUUAUUCAUCAUCAUAUCCCUUUUAACUGGGACUGUGAAUUUAUCCGACUGCAUUUUGGGCAUAAUCGGAAGAAGCAUCUUAACUACACAGAGUUCACACAGUUUCUCCAGGAGCUACAGUUGGAACAUGCAAGACAAGCCUUUGCACUGAAAGACAAAAACAAAAGUGGCCUGAUUUCUGGUCUGGAUUUCAGUGACAUCAUGGUUACCAUUAGGUCUCACAUGCUUACUCCCUUUGUGGAGGAGAACUUAGUUUCAGCAGCUGGAGGAAGCAUCUCACACCAGGUUAGCUUCUCCUACUUCAAUGCAUUUAACUCCUUACUGAAUAACAUGGAGCUUGUUCGUAAGAUAUAUAGCACUCUAGCUGGCACGAGGAAAGAUGUUGAAGUCACAAAGGAGGAAUUUGCCCAGAGUGCCAUACGCUAUGGACAAGUCACCCCACUAGAAAUUGAUAUCCUAUACCAGCUUUCAGACUUAUAUAAUGCUACAGGACGCUUGACUUUGGCAGAUAUUGAGAGAAUAGCCCCGUUGGCUGAGGGGGCCUUACCUUACAACCUGGCAGAACUUCAGAGACAGCAAUCUUUCGGUUUAGGCAGGACUGUCUGGCUCCAGGUUGCCGAGUCCGCUUACAGAUUCACUCUGGGCUCAAUUGCUGGAGCUGUGGGAGCUACUGCAGUAUAUCCUAUAGAUCUGGUGAAGACCCGCAUGCAAAACCAACGUGGCACUGGCUCUGUUGUGGGGGAGCUGAUGUACAAAAACAGCUUUGACUGCUUUAAGAAAGUCUUGCGUUAUGAGGGCUUCUUUGGACUCUACCGGGGUCUGAUACCACAGCUUAUAGGGGUUGCUCCAGAAAAGGCCAUUAAACUGACUGUUAAUGAUUUUGUCCGGGACAAAUUUACCAGAAGAGAUGGCUCCAUUCCACUUUUAGCAGAAAUUCUUGCUGGAGGUUGUGCUGGCGGCUCUCAGGUCAUCUUUACUAACCCCCUGGAGAUAGUCAAGAUUCGUCUGCAGGUAGCUGGAGAGAUCACCACAGGACCCAGGGUCAGUGCCCUGAACGUGCUCCGGGACCUGGGCCUUUUCGGUCUGUAUAAGGGUGCCAAAGCGUGUUUCCUCCGAGACAUUCCCUUCUCUGCAAUCUAUUUUCCUGUUUAUGCUCAUUGCAAACUACUUCUGGCUGAUGAAAACGGACACGUGGGAGGUUUAAAUCUCCUUGCAGCUGGAGCCAUGGCAGGUGUGCCUGCCGCUUCUCUGGUGACUCCUGCUGAUGUCAUCAAGACAAGACUGCAAGUGGCCGCCCGCGCCGGCCAGACGACAUACAGCGGUGUCAUCGACUGUUUCUGGAAGAUACUCCGGGAAGAGGGGCCCUCAGCGUUUUGGAAAGGGGCUGCAGCUCGAGUGUUUCGAUCCUCUCCCCAGUUUGGCGUUACCUUGGUCACCUAUGAACUUCUCCAGCGGUGGUUUUACAUUGAUUUUGGAGGCCUCAAACCCUCUGGCUCAGAACCAACACCUAAGUCACGCAUUGCAGACCUUCCUCCUGCCAAUCCUGAUCACAUCGGUGGAUACAGACUCGCCACAGCCACUUUUGCUGGCAUUGAAAACAAGUUUGGCCUUUAUCUCCCCAAAUUUAAAUCUCCUGGUGUUGCUGUGGUUCAGCCAAAGGCAGCAGCAGCAGCUCAGUGAUGAGAAGACCGUUGAGUGUGGCAAAAUGGCUCCCUGAGGAGAGAGGCCUAGGAGAGCAGACCUGUAAUGUAUCCAGUCAGCUGCAUGGUGCUGACUGAGCUGCAGAGUCAAACUAUUCUUUCUCUAUGACAUAUACAUAUAUUUGUUUAUAAAGUAAUCAUUUGCCCGGGGGGAAAAAAAACAACGCAGUUUCAAGCUUUAGUCUUAUGUGUUGAAAUGUUUUCUAAGCCUUGGCAUGAAUUAGUGUUCUAGACUGCUUUGCACAGCUUGCACUUACAGUGACUGUACAUAUUGUACAUCUUUGUACAGAGACAUCUUGGCACCUCAUCCCAAAAAAUCACAUUUAUAGAAUGUAAUGCAGUUCUGAGUGGCUUGAAAUGUACAGAAUGUGUUGAAAGUGUUUUAUUAAGAAUCACACGAAAAUAAAUGUAUUAAAAUUAAAUCCAUUCUUUUAUUGGUGACUUAUGGAAAUAAAGCAUCAAUAUUGUAUGUAUUUAAUUGCUAGCUUGUUUUCCAUUCUGGAAUGAAAAGGUAUUUGCUGAUAAGAGGCAUAACGAGACCAAGUGCUGACACCAUCGAGUAAGAGAUCCUCUGGAAAAGACGCAUGCCCGUGGAUGCCGGGGCACCCGGCUCGUGACUCGCGUGUGCUGAUGUGUUUCCAUUUGUAUUAUUUAAGUGUGUGUAGAUCUUCCUCUAUUCGUCAAUCAAACAGCAUUUCCUAGACAGCUCCUCUCCUGUCAGUGUGCUUAUGGAAACAGGGACGUCUCCAGCAUUACUGGCUUACUUUUGUCUUCUUCUGACACAGCAAGGCAAGGGCCUAGCUUUCAAGAGUAAAGGAUACUUUGGCAAUUUUCCUUCAUACGGAUAUAAUUCCAAUCAAAAAUAAAAUGCACACCAAAAUGUA